CUCGACUUGGUAAGGCUAUUAGUCCAGCUCCAGCCUCAGGUCUUAUCUUCAAUGCAAUGCCUCUUUCUACGGGAAAGGCGAACUUUGGAGUGGAUGAGGCAUUGUUAUUAAAAUCUUAUAAGCUAUCUAAUCUCAAUCCCGGCAAAUGGGAGGAAAUUGAUUACGACGCGGAGGACAUACCCUCGGAUUUCUUGGCUGCGGCGGGGACAGACAGUGACGGAGACCCUCUUGGUCUUGGUGGUGUUAUCGAUCUUACGGGCCUAGAUGCGGAAACACGGUCUGCGAUUUCUAUUAGUUCCAAGGCCUUCGAUCCGAAGGUCUUCCUGUCCGUCGCCCACCCCAAUGCCGCAUACCAAGACCUUGCGGCUGGAAUAUCGAACCUUCAGAAUUCCAUAGAAGCACGCUCCGAACAGAUACGCAUUCUCGUUGAAGAUAAUUUUGAUCGUUUUGUAGCGGUUAAAGCUUCUACGGAUGCUCUCUACGCUGAGAUGCGGGAAGGACUACUGUCUGAUACCAGUGAAUUUGCGUCAAAACCACUAACAGACUGCCUAAAGCGUGCUGCGGUGAAGGCCAACCAAGUGUUUCUCCCAGUCUUGGAAAAUUCUGCAAAAGCUCAGAAGCUACGCACGACGCUCUCUGUUUUCGAGCGAUCCAAAUUCUUUUUCAAUCUACCUGGCAAUCUCGUCGAGUGCAUCGAAGCUGGUAAAUACGAAGCUGCCCUCCGAAAUUACAAUAAGGGCAAGUUUAUGUUGAACUCGCGGCCAGGUCAAAUAACACCCGUAGAGUCUGGAGAAGGGAAGUCCGUGUCCUCUGCAGAGCUGCAGCAGAAGCGAAUUUUGGAAAGGGUGUGGUCCAACGUGGAAAAAGUCAUGAGUGAAAUGAAGUUGCAGUUGUCAUCCAAACUACGGGAAUCUGGGCGCAGUGCUGAAGAGCAAGAAAAAAUCAUCGAGAUCUUACUGGAGUUAAAUCCCUCGCAGGAUCCUAUCUGGACGUAUUUUGACAGUCAUCACAGCCAUGUUUUGGACAAAAUGAAUGCCACAUAUCGUGCGGGCUUAGCGAACGUCAGAACCGCUUUGGACCAGGAGGCACCGGAUACAAGUGGACCCGAUGCACUGAAUGCAUCCUUAGCAUCUCAGCUGGGACUAUGUCUCGCAGCUCUGGAUACCAAGCAGUCUGACCUGACAAUUCUUCAGGGAAGAGGUCAUGAAGUUUGGGAGACUAUCUUGGAAUUGGUUAAAAACGUUUCGGAGGACCUGCUAUCUUCACUUCCGAACUUUUGGAAGAUUGCCAAGGGAUUUCUAGACGGCAAGUUCAAAAAACCUACUAGCUCCAGACGAAGUGCACAACAGUGCAGGCAAAUGGCGCUGGACAUUGUAAAGCUGUACAUCAAUCUCUUCUCGGAAUUUUUCAUCCUCUCUGAUGCCGCCGUCACCUCACCAACCAACUCUGACGGGAAAUUACCCGCCCUCCUCCCGGUUCACUCGAAUUCCUUGACUUCAGCCCAUUUUAUCAUAAAGAUUCUCAUGGAGAUGCAGGAUUGUGCUAAUGAGGUGGCCUCCAUGGAUAUCAUUAAAGAAGCGGGCAUCAGUCUCAAAGGCUUCAUGGAAAGUGCUCGAUGGAGAUUUACGGUUGUGCUUAUUCGGGCUUGGUUACGGGAUGCGAAUGUGUUGUAUCACCUCGAAUCGUGGACUCCGUCUAUGACGGAUUCGUCUGUUACACAGUACAUGUCAUUAUUCGAGGUGUUCCAACGGCACAUGACGUUGUCAGCAUUGAAGAUAGCUGGAGGCGUCGAUCUGGCGACUACGACUUCCUCUCUGCGGACUAUUCAACAAAACCAGCUUCCCUCCACGUUCGCUAAUAAGAUCACUAGGGCAUUUUUGGAUGCUGUGUACGCGUUUCUAGAUGGCUUGGUCCACCUCACUUCUAGCGAGCUUCGAGUCCCCGUGGAGGGGCCUGUCACUACCACGAGCCGAUCACUACCCUCCAAGUCAUCGGACUGUCGUGACGCGAAUACUCGGGUCUUGCUUGUGCUUUCCAACUUCGCGUACCUUUCCUCCACGCUCAUCCCGAACAUGAUGUCCCAACUAGAAAGCGUGUUUGGCACAUCUACCGAAGAGGAUCGCAAGACACUUGUGAAGGUUGUGCAGGAGCUGGACAAGACCCUAUUCGACGGAUACAUCAAACCUAAAUCCGCGGUUGUAGCUUCCAUCCUGAAAGAAGGCAUUCUGGACCCCGAAAUGGAUUGGUAUGAGACUCCUCAACCGACUGAAAUCAGACCGUACAUGUAUAGGGUAUUAAUGACUCUUGUUGGGAUCCAUGCACAAGUCAGUCACAUCGCGGAAGGUUUGUUGGACCGCGUGCUUUGUGCGCUCGUGGAUGAUGCUGCGGAGGAAGCUUUGCGUUCAUUCCAGCAAGUAAAACGAUUUGGGAUGGGUGGGAUGUUACGUGCAACACUGGAGAUCGAAUUCAUGCAUCAAACCCUGACCCGCUACGUAUCGCCGUCGGCUGCCAAGACACUCUCGGAAUUAUACACCAAGAUAUCCCAGGCCUACGCUCGACGCCAAGCUGAUGACAAUCUGCAGGGUAAUCUCGAUAGCGUGAAGAAGAUACUUGCGGAGAGCCGUAGGGCAACGGGUAUUGAGUUCAUGUGCUUUAGGCAGCCAAAGAGCAAGAGUAGCUUGAAAUCUACUGCGGGGAAGUCACGAGCGAAGGGCACGGAGGGUAGCCGAGCCACUGGAGAGCGCCGACGCGCCGACGUAGUUCGUUAAUUUACGCCUCUCGUGCACAUCCCCAGAAGACUCGUCUCUCCGCCUACUGUGAGAUUUGGGCGGGUGCCCUAUUCAGACUCCCUCAUUCGUUGAUCCAUUGUACACGUCAGGAUCUCUAUUGACUGAAGCCUUCCGAGGCUCAACGGUGAAAGACACAUUGCCUAUUUGGCACUUAUUGCAUUUCUAUUUAAUAAUAGGCCUCAGCGCUCAGUUAUCUAUCAUCCGAAAGCUGUCAGUGGCAACUUUGUAUUUUGAUGUGUUGACGGAAUCGUUUUGCAACCCC